AUGUCGGAACCAGAGGAACAUACAACGACAACGACGAAGAAGAAAUCUGUCGAUUUUGCCCCGUUACCUGAGGAAGAUUUGAGGGAGCAUCAUGAAGAACUUCGAAAGAAGGAAGAAGUGAAGAAGCAGUCUAAUCCAUUCCAGAAAAUUCCUCCGGAGUUUUCACAUUUGCAGAAGAAAGCAUCUGCGCCAGAACCCUUAGCCUCCGAGCAGCAUAAGAAGAAAACGCAGCGUAACUUUGGUCCUCUGUUCGAUGAACUUGGUGAGUUGAGGUAUUUAGCAGUCAAGGAUAUUUCAGUCCAGAAUAAAGAAACCGAAUUGAACUUCAAUUAUCCUGAAAUCUGGAGACCUAUCCCUAGCGAUCGUGUGCUUGUUGAUAUCACGUAUGCGUCAUUGAACUCGUUGGAUCUUGCGAAGAUCAAUCGCUAUCUAUUGAACGUUAGCGACGUGAAAGUAGGAUUAGGCUACGAGUUUGCAGGGAAGAUACAGGAGUUGGGUAAAAGCUUCAAGACCAGUGGAGAGUAUUCGAUAGGAGACACUGUUAUUGGACUUAUUAACCCUUUAAGUAAAAAGGGUUCAUUGUCUACCAGUCAACUCAUAACCCCGUCAAGAGACAUUUUAAUCAAGAUUGAUGAGGAUACCUUGAAUAAAGCUGAAAGUAUUGAUAUUCAGCUCUCAUUCAAUAAGUCAAAAGAUAAUGAUAAUUUUGAAAUUGAGUCGUCUUCAUCAUCUGGGUCUGUUACUGAGUCUGAAGAAGCUGCUAUACCUCCUUCCUCACCUCAAACAAGAAAGCAACUAACAAGCAUUUCUACCGAUCUUGAAUUGCCUCCACUUGCAAAACUCACAUCCUUUCCAACCUUAUAUUGCAGAGCUAAGCAAUUGCUAAGGCACUCUUCGUCUAUCUUUGAAUCCACAAGAAAGGCAAAUAUCUUGAUUAAUGGGGGCGAUACUAAUGUCGGAUUUACAAUUUUACAAUUACUCAAUUCGUCUGUCUAUUCAACAUUGAGUGAGUUAAAUGUCAUUUUGAUAGUCAAAGAAAGCAGCACUGAUAAAAUGCAAAAUUUCUUGAGUCAUUUCACUAAAGGGUCUUAUUACGAUCCUUCUAAGAUUAAGAGAUUUCAACUAGUAUCAUAUGAUGUUGCCUAUGAUGACAUUAUUUUACCUGGAGAAAUCGUUCCGGUAAACUACAAGAAACCUGAUUUCUUCGCAUCCCAAGUAUUGGGUGCACUUUUACGUGAUGAUGAACCUGGAGACAAGACUAUCAGCAAAAGCAACAUUAAUGACUAUAAAUUGGACCUUAUAAUAGACAUUAUUGGCAGCAAGAAAUACUUCCAGAAAUCAGUUAAAUUCAACAGAAUUGAUGGUAUGAAUUUGCCUCUUAGAAAUAAACUUGCAGAGGGAUCCUCUCUAGUACUGCUUUUUAAUGGGAAAGUAAAGGAACCAUUUUUGAAAAAACUUUUGAAGCCCAAAGCUGAUAAUUCUGCUUUCGUAUCAGCUUGCGGUUUUAAUGUCUCUCAACCAACAUACAGCAUUGACAAGCUCAUAGAUUACUCUGGAUCUUUAAUUUGGAGUUCAAAAUGGGCAUCCGACCUUGCAAACUCUUAUUUCACCAAUUACAAUUACUAUGAGGAAAUAGAACUCAAGUUCAAAAGAGAAUGGGUCAUCGAAGGGUUAAAUCUCUUUCUCAAAGGUCAAUUGAAGUUCAGAAUCGACGAUUAUCUUGAUUGGAGAAAUAACUUCAAGAAGUACGUUAAAUUACUUAAAAACGACGAUGGUAAAGUCAUAUUUAAGAUUGAGAGUUUCUAA